AGCUUACUAGUGGUCCUACAGACAUGACAGUCGAUGUCAGAGACUUAAAGGCAGGCAUUUAAUCGAGCAAAGAUAGAACCAAAAACGACCUCUAGUUAAGCUAGUUGGCGUUUACGACCGCGUGUGUUUCAGCGUGUUUAUCUGCGCUGACCUGGUCUAACCCGAGUAGAAACAAGAGCUAAAGGGUUCAGAAUGAUGAGAAUUUCUUCUGGACGAUGGAUACCAUGUGGGGAGCAACUGUGGAGAGGUUACCAGCAGAAAAUCACACCCCCGAACACCCAGCUGCUGCUUCGCUCUCAGUUCUCCCCAGUAGGUGCACCACACAAAGCCGCCUCCUCCAGACCAGCCUCCUCCGCCAGGCUGCUGAGCAUCAGGCCUGGGAGCUUGCAGGCUCCAUGUCUCAUUCACACCGAUUCACAUGACACCUCAAGGAGAAAAGGUUUCAGCAUGAAGGCACUCUCCCAGGCCCCCAGACCAGCUCUGUAUCUGGGGUUUUCAGGGCUCAUCCCAUUCCUCUCUGCCCCUCUCCUUAUGGCCACCACUCAGACCUUCUACCCUGAAGUAGCAUAUGCUCAGGUGUUGUACGGAGCCUCCAUAGUGUCCUUCCUUGGAGGUGCCCGCUGGGGGUUUGCCAUCCCUACUGGCAGCCCUGCUAAGCCUGACUGGAUGAACCUGGGUAACAGCGUGGUGCCGUCACUUCUGGCCUGGUUGGCGUUGCUCUGUAGGGACAAUAUCACUGAAGGAGCCCUUGUAGUUAUCAUGGGACUGGGUCUGUCGCUACAUUAUGACCUGACCUUGCUGCCGGGUUACCCUAACUGGUUUAGAGCCAUGAGAACUGUCCUGACGCUGGUGGCUACCUUCUCUCUGGUCGCUACACUGGCUCUUAAAAGAGUCUGCUCUGAGAAAAAACUCAAACACUGAGAAGUUACUUUCUGGAUCAGUUUGUACAUCUGAACCCGAGACUUAAUAAACACGUAACAUUUA